UCGCUCUACUAAAGUGACUUCCGGUUCCAGCGGAAGGCGGUAUAAAAGGCAGGGCUGGUACCUUGAGACGUACACCUAAGGACACUCCGGGGCGAAUAUGGACAGGAGAAAGAAGCCCUUGGACGUCACGGCGUCCUCGUUGGUAGACCUUAAGGCUGAACUCUUCCGAAAACAAGAAGAAUUCAAACAAGAAAAACUUCUAAAAGAUGCUGGAGUUUUGGGAAAACCAAAACCAACUAACAAGAAACCAAGCAUCUGGAGCAAACAGAAUGCAGGAGUCUCUAACCGAGCUGAAAAGGAUGCUGAAGAGCAGAUUGCAGAACAGAAGACUCUGGACAAAGCGAGGGAGAAAUUGGAAGAAAAAGCCAAAUUGUAUGAGAAAAUGACUAAAGGAGACUUUAUAGAUGAAGAGGUGGAGGACAUGUACCUUGUGGAUUUCACACAGAAGAUGAUAGACAGACACAAAGAAAUGGAAGCGGGUGGUGCCAAUAGAGAUUACAGAAAGACCGAAGAAAGAGACGAUGAUGAAGCAGCUCUUUCUGAAAAAGAUAUUCCUCCUCCCCAGGAUCCCAGUGAAGAGUGGGUGGAUUAUGUGGAUUCUUUAGGGCGAUCCCGGCGCUGUAUGAGAAAGGAUUUGCCAGAUCUGCUGGAAAUGGAUAAAAAUCUUCAGGGGAGGCUUUUCGUUAGUCCUGCAAAUGAGAAAACCUUACUGUCUGAAGAUAUGAGAAAAGAACUCCAGCGCCAGCAGUGGGAGGAAGAAGAGAGGGAGGCCAUGAGAAGGCCAAUGGGGCCCGUACAUUAUGAAGACAUCCGUGAAAAUGAGGCCCGGCAACUUGGUGUUGGAUACUUUGCUUUCGCCCGAGAUAAAGAGUUGAGAAACAAGCAGAUGAAAACCUUAGAAAUGCUGCGUGAACAGACAACAGAUCAGAGAACAAAACGAGAAAACAUAAAGGAAAAGAGAAAAGCCAUAUUAGAAGCAAGACUUGCCAAACUCCGACAGAAAAAGAUGAAAAAAUCAAAAGAAGAUGGAGCAGAGGAAGAAAACAGAGGUGGAGAUGUCAUUGGCCCUUUGCCCCCAGAACCAGAGGUCACGCCAGCUCCUCGUACAGCUGCCCAGAGUAGCAAAGUGGAAGUCAUCGUUCAGGAGAGGAAAGAUACCAGACCCGGGGUGCCACACGUCCGCGAGUGGGACAGAGGGAAAGACUUUUCCUUUGGGUACUGGUCGAAGAGGCAGUCAGAUCUCCGGGCUGAGAGAGACCCUGAGUUUGCGCCACCAUCGUAUUACUUUGCGGACCAAAAGAGAACUGAGUGUCUGAGCAGCCAGGCGUGGAGCCGACCUGCCCCUGCACAGAGGGACCCGGGGCAGCACCCUGGCCAGAGCCAUGACCCCUGCGUGUCACAGACAUCAUCUGCUCCUGCCCCCAGCAGCCCGCCACAAGCCCCGACGGUCACUUUUGAAACUCUGGAUGAUAUGAUAUCAUAUUAUAAACAAGUAACAUGAGCUUAAAAACAUUAUAACUUGGGUCUGUACUGUUAAUGGUGCCUUCCUCUCCCACAGUGGAGAAAAUAACUUUAGGGACUGAAUUGUAACUUUCUCUUCCUGUCCUUUCCCUGAAGACCCAGACUUCAGGCUGGAUUUGUCAGCUGGGAAGAAAGUGAAUGGUACUGUGGGAACUCUGGCCACUUAGCUGUUCAUUUCAUUCUGAUGGGUAUGGAGACACCAGUUCAUCUGGAUUAACAUGUGAGCUGAGAUAGAGGAGACAUAUUCUGUAAUAUUUGAUGCUAAGGAGUCUGUAAUCCUGUCUCUCAUGCCCACUCUGAUGACUUACUCAGAUUUAAAGGCUGUGUUUCUUUCCUUUUGCCAGUCCUGGCUGGCUGAUGUCUUUGUUCCAAGCAUUCAGCUUCCAAGUCCGUUGAUGGAGCAUCUGUUAGGAAGAAUUUCAGCCUGCCAAAUGGUAGCACAGAAGGGGACAUUGGGGGACUAAGUGAUCUGGUCUCCAGGAGGACCCUGACACUGGUGGAGAAUUUAGGGUAUCAUUUGAAAUGAUCAGGAAGACCAGGGAGGACUUCGUAGUACAGAAAAGCAGAUGUUGACAUCACUUGCAGAGUAGGCGUUCAGUAAGAGUGUAUUGGGUGACGGGCACACGUGGAGGCUGCUGGGCCUAGUCAGUGUGAGAGAUGCUUCUUAGCCAUCAGUCAGUUCUUCAGCUCUGCCCGCCCUCCUGCUGCUGCGUAUCUAGGCCCUCAUCUCACUCAGGAGCCGACUCAUCCCAGCCUGAGUGGGAUGGACUUGGGCUAGAGUGAGGGGCUGCUAGAUCCUUUUGUCUUUGCUAACAACAGGUGGGUUAGUAGUGCUCCAGAAGGACCUCCUGUGCCUGGGUACCAUCUGUGUCCUCUCCCAAUGUCCUCUUCACAGCUGCAGACAAGCAGCAGAAGUUGGCCACCAGGCCUGCCGGGCUGUCACAGCUUCCUCCCUUGCCAGUGGGUCCUGUAAGAAGCUGCUGGAGCGGAUCCUCCAAGGGCCCGCAGGAGCCCGUGGUCUCCGCUCCACAGCACAGCGGUGUUGGUGCGAGGACCCCGUUCUUAGCACAGGUGGCAAGCUGUAGCACAGGGUCGGCGACUCGUCACAUGGUGUCCAAGUGGCAGGUGGUUUAAGACUCAUGCUUUCCCCAGCACCCUCUACUCUCUGUGUUUAAUCCCAGUAUUGAGCAGUAUUAGACAAAAAUUCCAAAUUCUUACAUACUUAACCUUAGAAGUCCAGAUCAAGGGCAGAGUUGCAAGACCUAUGAAAGGUCAUUUUGUCAGCCUGAUCAGGCAAAUACAUCUAGCAAAAAUAAUUCAUGAAAACCAAGCUUCCUUUUUUGUGGAAAUUGUUAGACUCAUCCUAAAAUUUGUAUGAAAUUAUAAGAGACCCAGAAUAUCCAAAACAAUUUCAAAAAAGAAAAAAGGACAGAGUUGGGGGACAUACUUCUUUAUUUUAAGACUUACUACAAAGCUACCGGGAUUGGCACAGUGUGGUUCUGACCUAUUAAUAAACAAUGAAACAAUUUUGAGAGUCCAGAAAUAAACCCAUACAUCUGUGGUAACUUGAUUUUUGACAUUGGUGCCAAGACCAUCCAGUAGGGAAAGAAUUGAUCUCAACAUGAUUCUGAGACAUUCGACUCUCUACCUCCAAAAGAAUGGCCUUGGACACUUAACUCAUGCCAUGUAUAAAACCACCUCAAAGUGGACCAAAGACUUCGACAUAAAGCUGUAAGACCAGCUGAAACAGCUUGUAGGACAAAUGGAGAGGAGACAGACAGAAAUUGGAGUACUAAGAGGAAAAACAGAAUUGUUAGAUAUCCUAGGGUCAUAAGGGAAAAUAGAGAAGAAGGUAAAUGCUAGACAAGGGAGAGGGAUGGGAAGAGAGUGUAAGGCAGAGGGACGUGCAGAAGGUGAUGUGCAG